ACGGCCCAAAGGCGUUGGUGGUUGGUGUCCGUCCGAAGAUGCGUUGCACUCCGGCAGCAGCAUCAGUACCAGCUCCGCCGUGCAACUAAACCGAAAAUAACCGGGAGAACGGAGGAGGAAAACCCGGCGGUGUUUGCUGCUCGAGCGGCGCGAUGGGAGACCAGAAGGAAUCUCUGCGUAAGAUCACCCACACGCUGGCCAUGAAGAAUGAGGAGAUUUCAAACUUCGUCUGCACCGUCAAACAGAGCCUCAACAACUUAGAGGCGAACUCCAACAAAGUCCAGGAGGACCUGGAGUCCGAGUUCACCUCCCUCCACUCGGUCCUGGACGAGAUGAAGGAAAGCAUGGUGACGCGCAUCAAACAGGAGAGAGCCAGCCGCACAUAUGACCUACAGAGUCAGCUGAGUGCCGGCUCCAAAGCCCUGGAGAGUUCGGAGGAGCUGCUGGAGCUCGCCAACCAGACGCUGUGCUCCUCUGAGACGGACAGUUUCAAUCAGGCGGCCAAAGACAUUAAGGAUAGCGUGACAAUGGCUCCAGCCUUUCGCCUCUCCCUGAAGGCCAAAGCCAGUGACAACAUGAGUCACUUGAUGGUGGAUUUCAGCCAGGAGAGGGAGGUGUUGCAGGGCCUCAAGUUUCUCCCAGUUCCCGCCACUCCUGAGAUCCAGGUCUCAGAGUCCCAGGUGUGCGACAACACGGUGACUGUAGUCUGGACCUUACCGGAGCCCGACAACAAGAUAGACCACUACAUACUGGAGCACCGACGCACGAACCACGAGGGUCCGCCGCGCAUCAGAGAGGACUACCCCUGGAUGGUGGUGGAGGGGAUACGAGAGCUGGAGCACACACUCACCGGUCUCCGCUUUGACACCCGGUACAUCACGUUCAGAGUGAAAGCGUGUAACAAAGCCGUGGCAGGAGAGUUCUCUGAGCCGGUCACGCUAGAAACCCACGCGUUCACCUUCAAACUGGAUGCUGGUUCGUGCCACCAGAACCUGAAGGUGGAGGACUUGAGCGUGGAGUGGGACAGCUGUGGAGGAAAGAUACAGGACAUCCGCAAGGAAAAGACGCGAACCAACUCCCCGAUGCACUCCCCAGCCAGGUCAGCUUUGAUGUCACCUAAGAGAGCGCCGACAGCCCGGCCCGGCAGGGACAGGUUUACAGCGGAGUCCUACACAGUGCUGGCCGACACGAUGAUCGACGCUGGCCAGCAGUACUGGGAGGUGCGGUUCGACAAGGAGAGCAAGGCCUUCGCCGUGGGCGUCGCCCUGCGGAGCCUCGGACGAUUCGACCAGCUGGGGAAAAGCAGCGCUUCCUGGUGCAUCCAUCUGAACAACUGGCUGCAGCAGAGCCUCACAGCAAAGCACAACAACAAGGCUCGAGCACUGGACUGUGCCAUCCCAAACAGAAUAGGGGUCUAUGUCAACUAUGACGAAGGUGUUCUGUCUUUCUACGACUCCAAAACUAAACAGCUGAUGCACACUUUCAAAACCAAGUUCCAGCAGCCAGUUCUACCAGCUUUCAUGGUGUGGAACGGCAGUUUUUCGGUAGUGACGGGCCUGCAGGUUCCCAGCGCCGUGCAGAGCGGCCAGAGGAAGAACAGCGGCACCAGCAGCUCCAACGCCAGCCUCACCUAGAGAACAGCUGGACGCCUCCCAGCUCUGCUUCGAACCACAUUCACCGCCACCGCCGCCGCCGCCGCCGCAGAACACCUCCUCUCGCGGUCCAAGCCAUAUCGUAUCAAAGAGUUACAUCACCGGAGUUUGAUGGCUCAGCCUGUUCCAAUCUCUGUGUUGCGUAAAUGGUUUUUCUGGGAACAAGUGAGUCAUCAGUGACAGAACUCUUCCGAUAUACGACUCUGGCUGUUGUGAUUGUCGGGAACACGUUAGCUGUACUAGUUUUUCCUCUCAUGUCAUUUAAGCACUGUCCCACUGCUGCUAGAGCAAAGACUUAGCGCUGGCCGCUGCCCUUCCUUCCUUCCUUCCUUCCUUCAUUCCUUCCUUCCUUCCUUGCCAUCACCAAAACUGUCAGUCGUACUGUCAGCUGCAGGUUCAGAGUCGAGGACCUGACCUGUCUGCUCUCUCCCUGUGCCUUCCUUCUCAUUUCCAAACCGGAUCGGGUGAUCUGCACCCACAUGCUCGUAUUUCACUGCAAACCACCGUGGUGACACUUUCUGUGACGCUCAUGUCUAUAAUGCAUCAUAAACAUACUUGUAAAGCAUUAUAAUCUGCUUAUAGCACUGUAUGAUUAUAGUUAUAAGCACUAAUAAGUAUUCAUAAUGAUUUAUUACAAUAAUCAUAACACAUACAGCAUUUUAUAAUGACCUAAUAAUACUUACUAAAUCAUAAUACUUCACAAGCAUUUUUCAAGGAUCAUAGUGUAUUUUAAUUGUAAAUAAAUGUAAUACAUUAUGUUUUCAUAACCACAAUAUAAUGUGAUGUUUAAUUUACUCUAAGUGGUCAUUGUUUACUUUAAGAAAAGUGAAGAAAAUAUUGAAUCUAUGCAAGAACAAUGCAUAAAACGUAACAUACAUUUUUACUAAUAUAAUUAUGUUAUUAUAAGAGUACAUAAUAUAGUAAUAACAACAAUAAAACAUAAUCUUUUUAUAAUGCAUUAUUAUCACUGUUUUAUAAUUAUAAUAAUUAGGUUUUGUGUGUUCUUGCAUAGAUUUCAUGAUAUUUCUUUCACUUAAAACAAACAAUGACCAUAAAUAAUGACAUCAUAAUGUAUUAUAACUAUGAGAAUUCAAAUACACUGAUACUUGCAUACUUAAAUAAUUAUGCAAUUGUGAAGUUUUACGACACUUGACCGUAUAAGUCGUUAUGAAAUGUGUUGUGAUUAUUGUUAUAAAUCAUUAUGAAUAUUUAUGAAUGCUUAUAAUUAUACAGUUCUAUUACAGACGUGUGUCAUGGAGAGAGUUAACUGAAUGCUCUCCCUAAUUAAGUUAAAACAAUGUGUCAUCAGCGUCAUUAUAACCUGGUUGUUACGUAGCUUAGUGGUAAUUAUUACCCACCGAUCAGCCGACCUAUUUAACCCAAAUAACAAUCUGCUCCUCGACGACGCCACUGAAUAGAAUGUAGUUAAUCAUAUCAGGACACUUUUUAACAACUCAUGGCUCAUCAGAACAACACACAUUAGAGAUGUGGUGUUUCAUUUCUUGCCGAGGCAUGGAGACCUAAAGGUGUUCACUGCAUUUCACGUUUUGUAGUCGUUGAAUCAGAGCUGCUGUUGUUUUCUUUGGAGUUAAAUGUGACAGAAAGACUCGGCACAGAGAGUUAGAAGGGAGCUUUUAUCAGCUUUUAUGUAGAGGAGUCAUCAGAUAAUGGCUUCAGGAUUUUUGGAAAUAACUACUGUAUUCAUUCUAUUCACCUGACUGCACCCUAAUGCUUGUUUGUACAGUGUGUGUGUGUGUGUGUGUGUGUCUCUAUACCCAAUAACAUCCCUUUAUUUACUGAAGAGGAAUCCCAUUAUGAGUCCGUAGAACAAAUAUAACAAAUAGCUAGCAAGUAUCCUCUGCUAACACAUUGUAUUAUGAGAGGUAGCCAGGUUUGGGGUCCACCUGGGUGAGAAACAAAAGUCAUAAACUCUGGAAAACUGAUGUUAUGAAGUCCUUAUUUGUGCACAGCGUCCAGGUCACAUGUGGUAACAGUCUUGCUUUGCCGUGUUGCUCCUUCUGUGUGCAUCUCCUGAAUAACUGUAGCCUGCAAUGCUUUAAAAGGAACAUCCAGCUGAGAUUUAUGUUCACUUUAUUGUCACAUGUUGACAGUGUCACAAUUUAUUGUAAAUAGUUUUAAUUGUUCCACUAUAAUGCAUCCAGUCAUUGAGGUAAUAAAGGAGCGAGAGCACUU